CGCAAACAGAACACACCCUGUAUCCGCCAAAACUUUGCGCCAAAACUUCUCAAAAGGCGCGCAAUUUUCUCGAGUACUUGUGAGGUGGUUGACUGGUAUCUGAACUCACCCUACUCAGGAUCUAAGUGGUGAACACAAGAACAAUGGAAGGGAAAUUUCAACGCCGAUCCUCCGGCAAGGAUGUCAGCGCUCACUCCUAUCAGAACCCGGCCCUCAGCACAGAGGAUAUCGCCAUGGAGCCCACAAAGAGAGACCCAGAGAGAGGCGUGAACGACAAUGUAGUAGACAGGCUGAACUCAUCACUGCCGAGCAGCGAUCCACCGAGUUAUCACGAAGAUGACAUCGACGGUGAAGAAGAAGAAGAGGAGGAGGAAGAAGAUCAGAGCAGAUGUAUGAAGGGCGUAUCAAUGAUUUCGGAGGGUAUCGGUAACUUCGUUAAGAAACACAACGUGGUUAUCUGGAGAGUCGUCUACGCCGUCCUCGGCCUCGGUUACCUCGCCUUCCUCAUCGCUGCCUGCGUCAUCAACUUCUGCCGUGCGUUCGCUCUUCUUAUCAUCACUUUGGUGGUUCUCGUGUUUGUGGUGUACGGGCUCAUCCGGGACAAGUGGGGGAAGACCAUCUACAAGUCCUGUCUCAAACCUGCGUCAGGUGGCGUCAUGAAAGUCUGGAAGUAUGCCAAAUGGGUCAUUUACCUGGGCAUUUUGGUGGGCAUCGGACUUUUUCUCGGACUGGAAACUGGGAAGCAGCCCGACCAACUCAUCUCUCUGGUCGGGUAUCUCGGCAUCAUCCUCUGCCUCUUCAUUUUCUCCAAGAGUCCUGGAAAGGUGAAAUGGCGACCGGUACUGUGGGGUCUCUCUCUCCAGUUCCUGCUGGGAUUGUUCGUGUUGCGAACAUCUGUUGGGUACGACGUCUUCAAGUUUCUGGGCGACAAAUUCCAGGGGUUUCUGGCCUUCACAGACGAUGGGACGUCCUUCGUCUUCGGCACAAAUCUUGUUGUAAUGAGCAACACCGCUAACCUGAGCGAGGUGACGUCCUUCGCCGACCUGACAGUAACACCGGCCUACCUCGUGCACAACUUUGUGUUCCAGGUUCUUCCCACCAUCAUUUUCUUCAGCACGGUGAUGUCCCUGUUGUACUACGUGGGCUUUAUGCAGAUCGUCAUCAACAAGUUAGCCUGGAUCAUGCAGUUCACGCUGGGCACGUCAGGCCCGGAGUCCAUCAGCGCAGCGGGAAACAUUUUCGUCGGGCAGACGGAGGCUCCCCUGUUGGUCCGUCCCUUCCUCCCCUCCAUGACGAAGUCCGAGCUCCACGCGGUGAUGACCGGCGGGUUCGGCACCGUGGCGGGCGGCGUGCUCGGGGCCUUCAUCUCCUUCGGCAUCAACCCCUCCCACCUGCUGGCCUGCACCGUCAUGGCGGCUCCCACCGCCCUCGCCAUGUCCAAACUGGUCUAUCCGGAGAUUGAGAGGAAGAGGACGAAGAAGGACGAUAGGCUUCAAGUGGAAACAUCACAGGAGAGGAACAUAAUAGAAGCGGCGGCCUCCGGUGCGUGCGUAGCCGUGACGCUGGUCGCUAACAUCGUGGGAAACCUGAUCGCCUUCAUCGCGCUACUGGGUUUCCUCAACACCGUGCUGUCAUGGCUGGGAGGGAUGGUCGACAUCCCCAACCUCACGUUUGAGACUAUCUGUUCGUACGUGUUCAUGCCGCUGGCCUACGUGAUGGGGGUUCCGUGGGAAGACUGUCCUGUCGUCGCCGAGCUGCUGGGCAAGAAGAUCUUCAUCAACGAGUUCGUGGCCUACCUGGAGCUGGCUGAUAUAGUCGCCGCCAAGAAAAUAUCGGCACGAUCAGAAGCCAUCGCGACCUAUGCCCUCUGUGGGUUUGCUAACUUCAGCAGUAUCGGGAUCCAGCUGGGCGGACUCGGGCCCAUGGCGCCCAACAGGAAGGGUGACCUGGCUGAGCUGGCGCUCAGAGCCAUGAUCACCGGGGUACUGGUCAGCGUACUGAACGCCUGUAUGGCAGGACUCCUGUAUCAAGAAGCUGCGAUUACUGUUCUCCCAACCGCGGCAGCGAACACCACCUUGGGGUACCUCACGACCCCUGCACCGCCUGUAUGUGCUUACGCCGGUACUCUUCUGGACUGUAUGUGUUAAUUAGAAAUGCACAGAAUAAAGAAUAGAUAUGUUUCUUUUAGACACGAAUUGAAACAAAGGACCCUUACCUCCACACAAGAGAAAUUUUCAACCAAUAAUAACGUUUUCAUCCCCUAACACCCCUAUGUAAUGUGGGAAUUACACCAUAGCUUCAUAGCUUAAUAAAAAAUUGAUGAUAUGAUUUAUAACUAUAUAUGGUAACAUUAUUGUGAAAGUCAGACUGUUGAAGACCGUGAUCUUGUUUGGUUUUUAUUCUUAGCGCUAGCAGACUUUGCAAGGUGUACAGAAUGAUGUUUUCCUUGUUUUCAAAAGUUGUUCAGAUAUAUAUAGAAAUUGAGGCAAGAUAUUUUUAUUCUGCUUAGAGAUUAUGUUUAUAUUGUGAUAUAGAUCUAUUAGAUUUAGUAUUCCUGUAUCAGUUACAACGUAGACAUGUACGAACAAAAUGCCAUGUAUAUGUAUAUCUUAUGUAUAUAUUCUGUACAAAUCAAACAAUAUCAAGUCACUGCCAAAUUUGAACCUAUUUGUCCAGUAUAACAGUUCAUAACUAUUUUAUGAAUAACUAGAGCAUUGCAGUAUUACUUUAAAGAACACCUAAGUAACAACCUUACUGUUAAGCAACACAAAAAUUACUCAACGGACAUUCAUCAAUGAGAGAUGUAAAUUAUGUAAUUUGUAUAGAUGUAUUACAAUACAUGUGAAGAGCCAUAAGAACACUUGCACUAUUAUAGUAUUAUAGUGUAUUGUACAUUCAUUAUAAUAUGUCAUGUUUGAUCUUGAUAUUGCAAUUGGGUAAUCAUGUGCUCUCUUGUUUCAAAAUUUAAUGAUUGAGCACAUGGUUAAAUGUAUUAUCAGUCUUGUCUUUGUGCAGAAAUGCUGCAAUGAUUCCAUCAACUACGACUGAAUGGUGAUAUUUAGUGUGAGUUUCUUGAAGUUAAAUAUUCUAGUUUGAGGACUUCCACAUCAAUGCAUUGGUUACUAAGUACAGGUUUUGUUUGUAUUGACACUUUUUCUCAUGUAUCAUAAGAUAUUGAAAAUAAAGCCUAACACUGUA